UAUUUGUUUAGUUUAAAAAACGAAAUAAUUAAUUAAAAACAAAAAAUCAGUUGGUUCCUUAUUUUUGCAGCUAUUUCUUGAAUGGAUGGGAUUUUGCUCUUCCACUCUGUUCGUCUCUUCCUCUUCGUUAAGGCCAUCACUAUCUCUUUCUACCCACCCUUUCAUUUCAUGACAACCAAUCUUCUACCGGCGCUCCCUUCAAUAACCCCUCCUCGCCGCCGCUUUCACUUCCAUUUCCCUCCCUUUUAUCUCCUUGUUCCUCUUCCCCUUCCCCUUCAUGGAGAUUCUCUUCCCUCCUCCCUCUUUCUCCAUCCAGCUCGCUUCUUCUUCCUCUUUCCUCUCCGAUCGGACCUCCGCUUCUCCUCCUCCUCCUCCUCCCCCGCCGGAGCAUCGCCUUGAUUCCCCUUGGAACUCUUUCGCCGAUGAUGAAAUUGAUUACUCUUCUGAUUCCUCUUCUUCGAUCGGUGUUCCUGAUGAUAGCGACGACGAGAGCGUUUCAUCCACUGGUCGAGAUUCUGAGGAAGUUCAAAGUAAAUUAUCUAUUCGAUCGUUGGAGGAGUCUCUUCCGAUUAAGAGAGGGUUAUCAAGUCAUUUCUCUGGAAAAUCGAAAUCGUUUGCGAAUUUAGCUGAGGCGAAAUCGGUAAAAGAUAUUGAGAAACCUGAAAAUUCAUUGAAUAAGAGAAGACGAAUUCUGAUAGCGUCGAAAUUGGCUAAGAAAUCGUCCUUUUACGCUUGGCCAAACCCUAAGUCGAUGCCUCUGUUAACGCUGAGAGAAGAAGAAGACGAUGACAAUAAUGAUGACGAAGAUGGAGAAGAAUCAGGUACUGCUCCAUCUUCUUCUGAAGAUAACGAAGAUGAAGGUCGUCAUGAAGAACGGAAAGGAAAAAGAGUUAGGGAUUUUCAUCAGAGAAGGUUGAUGAGCUUCAACUCACGAAGCUUUUCUAUGGCGGAUCUGCAACAACAACAUCAUGGUAUUGAUCGACAACAAGAACAAUAAUUCAUAGCCUUUACUCUUUUGUUUCUUUUUUUUUUUUUUUUUUCAUUUUUUUGGUUAUUUGUUUCUUCUCCCUCUCUUUUUUUUUUUUUUUUUUUCACUUUUACUUUUAUUUUCUCUUAAAUUUGUUUUGUAUAAACACCUAUCCAUUAUAAAUAAAUAAAAAAAAAACUUUCUUUCCCUUUUUA